AUGUCGAUGUCAGCAACCACUGCGAAUUGGCAUUGGAAGUCCAAAGCUGUCACUCCAUGGGCUCGCAAUUGGUUUGAGACAGAACUACCAACCGUCAUUUUUACGACAUCGGACGGUGCGGUCACCGCCGGAAUCUCCAGCGUGAAAGAUGUGGAAGGUGAUGCAGAAUUAGGAAUGAGGAAGAGCAAGCUUAUUACGAUAUUCGAUGUCCGAUUGGAGUUAGCUUGGACUGCCACCCAUACCGACGGAUCGAAGAUAAGCGGAUCGUUAACUGUACCGGAAGUCUCUCAUGAGGUUAUCAUCGAUGGCUUAACAGACUAUACCUACGAUUGGUCGCUGGAUAAGUCGGAGGAGGCCAGUGGGAACACUCCCGAUGAAAAGUUGCUCUCGAUUGUCAAAACUCAGUUGCCCCCUCUACUUUCGCGCAAGUUCGAAGAAUUCCCGAAAGCUCUCGUAGACACUCAUGGAAAAGACAUUCUGUUUUCUUCAUCAACGCACCCCAAAGCUACCAAAGUCUUGAACAGCUCCACUGUCCGUGUUGAGGCUCAGUACAUGGUUAGCGGCCAAGACCUGUUCUCCUUUCUGACAGACGAAUCGAGGAUACCACAGUGGUCAAGAUCGCCUGCCAUUUCGAAAGCCAAGGAAGGCACUGAGUAUUCCCUCUUCGGAGGCGGUGUUGUAGGAAAAUACCUCAAAGUUGAUUCACCACGAAGCUUCACUCAGAGUUGGAGGUUAAGAGCUCCGUCAUGGCCCGAAGAUCAUGAGGGAACACUGAAAGUGACGUUGGACCAGCAAUCUGAUUCCACGAAAUUGGUGAUGGAACUCUCAGGCGUCCCGAAGGGCCAAGAAGAUGAGAUCGAGAGGAAUCUCUUGGGAUACUAG